CUGUUGAUGUGUGUCUUUCUACAGCCAUGUGUCUGUGACGGACCUGCCUGCUGAAAGACAGUCGACACGAAAGCAUGGACGAGGCGAGGCAGCCAUCGCUGUUCUUUAUCCUGCUUCCAGACUUACACAAAGUCUGUGCUGUGCAGAUAACGCUGAGUAGCAGGGUGGCAGGAACAGAGAUUAGGAGUACACAGAUCAAGAUGUGCAGGCAGCUACUACUGCUGCAUGAAGAUGUUCUUACAGCACCUGUGCCUGGAAUAUUAAACCAAAUCUGGGUAGUGAUGUCGAUACCGUUUUUCAAAUCUGGGAGACUUCAUGCCUAUAUUGAAAAAUAUGGAGCUAAGAUGGAGACUCCACAAAGAGUAAUUCCUGUAAUUCUACAAAACUGCCUUUCGUAUUCCCUCAGCGCGAGACUUGCUCCAGCCUGGAACAGAACAGGUCAUCUCUUGGUACAAGGAAGAGAUUUUCUUUCUCAUAUGGGAAAGCAAAGUGCUGUUGUAUUAGACAUCAACGUAACAGAAACACAAGUUUGUUUAAGUGUAGAAGUCUAUACUAUCAGAUUGCCACCGCCUGAGCUGCAGGAAUUUGAUAUUUCUCAGCAUGUUAUAGAGGAUUUUUAUACCAACCAGAAGGCUGUCAUUGAGAGACAUUCCAUUCUAAGCAACUGGUGCUACGUUUUGCCAAGUAUGAAAAUGGGGCAGAUAAUAAACGUUCUUCAUACUCCACCGCCUGACUGUCCCUUCCGUUCCUUCGACGAUUUCCGGGGGCACUGGGACGACCUGUACGGCUAUAAACUCCCGGAAGACCGUGGAGACCUGAAAACAUACUGCAGCAUCUACUUCAGGAUGACCAAAGGAAGGACCUUCACGUACCCUCUCAGCUGCAUCAGGAGUCAGCCCAUCCAGUUCUUCCCGAGGGUGGAUUUGGAAGGUGUGCUGAAAAGCUUUCUUUCAGACUUAAAAUCUAAACUGCCUCAUAUAUGUGGAUUUCCCAUAAAGAUGACCAGUAAGCCUUGCUACUACACACGGGAGCUAAGCAGACCACAAGCACAGGAAAACAAAGUCAAACCCCCCAAUCUGACUACGAAAAGUCACUUCAGAGUGGCUCUGACUCAAGCCACUCUGCUGAAGCCCACAGGGGCUCUGCCUUUAAUCCCACAGCCAGCAGCAGCCAGCCACAAGGUGGAGCCUUUGGUCAGCCCGCAGCUUGCAGGCUUGUCUGCAGCGGGCCGCUUCCAGCCAGGGUCUCUGCAGCACAGAAAGCCCGCCUGGCCUCUCACGGCGCCACCCCUACGUGUGGGGGAGUCAAAACCCAGCAGUGAAAAUACUCAGACUCAAGGCGAUAAUCUUUGCUCACAAAGUAAGAGGGCCCCAGCGUUCAUACCAGUUUUCAAAAGGAAAUCUGAGCAAGUGAACAAAGACAUCUCAACACUGAGCAGCGCGAAGAGAAAACAGAGCGCGAUUGCACAACCUACCCUGCCGGCGCAGAAAACCAGCUUAACCCAGGGGGGCAAACCAAGUUCAGGUUCAGCUCCGAGAAAAAGACCUGAUAGUAACAUUCAAGUCCAGGCUAGGAAUUUAAAUCAGAAGAACGUCAGACCUCUGCUAGGGAAAAGCGCUGAGUUCUGUGAGCCUGAGGGGAAACGUCCCUCUUCUGAGGUGGAGCGGGCUGCGCACCUCACUGAAGGUGGGCCACUGUCUACCAACGCCAUGACUCAAAUGUCAGGUAGUUUAAGUGCGAUAAAAAGUGCUGUUGACAGCCACACCAGUGGAAAACGCAAUUUAACAAGCAGAUUUAUAACACAAAUUUUGGGGAAAAGCCAUGAGUCACUAAAACUCAAAAGCCAGCCACACAUUUUUGAAUCAGACUUAGAAACGGAAGACUCCCAACUCCAACUGCAGCAGUUAGCAGAUCGAACUGAAGAAGCUGAAGCAGCCGAUCAAGGCCUAACAGAGAGCAAAGCAUCCCACAAGCACAGACGGAAACUAAGCCUUGAGUCUUCACAGUCUUCUACAAAGCAUCGUUCUAAUGCUGCUCAUCAGAGGCAAUCUGGUUCUUCUAGGAAACAGGUACCUAAGACAACAAAACCUAAGAAGUUCUUUGGCAUUCCUGAGACAGAGUACAGUGUGGAACAGAGACUGCCCACCAGGGAUGAUCUCCCAGUACCCAAAUGAAGUCUUACAGACUGGGCCUGUGGGUGAGACGCAGGCUGUGUGUGCUGCCCUGGGACUUGCUGCUUCGCUCGGCUCUUUUCUUCUCAGUAUUUGCACAGUGUUUUAUUGGAUGUGGAUAUGCCAUGCUUAACUAGCUCCUGACUGAUUAAUACUUAAGUUGUUUGCAAACUUUCAGUAUUAUAAGGCAUGUAAAUUGUUCUGUACAGAAUGCUGCAAGUUACUGAAGUUUCUUAUAUGUACAUUAUUAUUUUAAAGAAGGAGUUUCACUCUGUAGCCCCAGCUAGCCUGGAAUUGCUAUAAAGAUCAGGCUGACCUCAAACUCACAGAGAUCUCCCUGCAUCUGCCUCCCAUGUACCACCUUAUCCAAUGUAGUGUUGGGUCUGGGGGUUGCACAAGGGUGGAAGGAAAAGCACCAAGUCUAUUAAACCAGGAGCAAACUUUAUUCCUGGAAAAGAAAAAGGGGAAAUCUUUGCAGGGCACAAAAGCGUAUCAGCAAUAGCAAUGACCACAGCCAGACUGGGAUUCUGAGACUGGCCAUGGGCAGUUUCCAAACUCCACUUUUUAUAGCAAGAAGCAAGCAUUAGGCAUGAACAAAAGAAUUUUUACAAUCCUGAGGUAAAACUCGGAUACAAAGUGCUUUUUUCUUUUACAGUUUCCAUUAACAGGGUUUUUCAGUCAAACUAGUGUUUGUAUUUAGCCCAUUGUUUCUAUCUGGCACUUUCCGAUGGUGUUUACCAAAGCUCUGCAGUCUCCGGAUACUGCCAGGUUUGCUUAGCCAGAAGGGUGUGGGACAAUGCACAGCCAAGAAGUCAGGUACAUCCCAUCAUUUAAAAGUUAACUCAGCUCACAUCAGUGGCUGGUCAUGAGUGGCUGGGGUGGGGGUUAUCUCAAAGCUUACCCUCAGUUUGCAGAGGUAUGGCCUUGCCCUGAAGGCUGAGUCUGGUCUUUAGCAAACUCAUGUAGGCUGUGGCUCAGGCUCAGGGUUAUGUAGGUGAUGGAGCAAGUGUCCAGAAUCCCCUGCUUGUCCUCCAUGAACAGCCCUCUAACACUAAAAGGAACAGGAGUGAGAAGUAAAAAUAGUGCUUCUCACAAAUGAGAAUUCCUCUCUUUCAAAACUGUAAGACUUUAAGUGGAUUUGAUAACAUACCAAAGAUACUUUUAAAGUCAAAAUUCUUCACUGCAUGUCCUACUACAAUAAUCCUUUGUCAUAUAAAAGACCCAGCAGGGAAUCAAGUGUAAGUUGACCCAUGAUUGUUUACAUAUGGUUUGCUGUUGCUACCAAUUCAUCAAAACACUGGUGUUAGACAAAGCAAGUCCUAACCUCCUUCCCAUGUGACUGUGGCUCCUGCUCCCAGAGUUAUGCCUAGUUUAGUUUGCUCUGUGCCUUACUAUGAGUGCUUCUAUUUCACAACUAUCUCUAGCUCCUAGUUUAUCAUCUUCAUAGGAAGAAAGUACAUUUAAUUCAAAGCCCAUUUUAAAUGCUUCUUUCUCAUGAAGCCCAUGUUGUGGAAAGUCAGCUGACCACAGUAAAGACCAGGACAUUGUUUUGCUUGUGUAUAAAUGUAUUUUGUUUUGAGAGUGGAUGUACUGAAAUAUACAUGUGUGGUCAGCACAGUCAUCCACACGUGGUCAUUCUUGGACAAGGCUUCCCGGGUGCUUCCUGGAGCUGCUCCGUCAUCACACCUUAGGCUAGGAAGACAUCGUAUUGCUCAACUCAGCAAACUAGUUAGAUAAUGAGUCUACGCUGAAGCAACGUACAGGGCUUUCCAGUUCUUCACGGAAUCUUUAUAAACCUCUUCCUCCACUCUACUAAUCUGGACUACUUAGAACUGACAGCGUAAUAUUCCUUUCUGCUCUCUUCUUAGACGGGCAUCACGUAGCCCAGGUUGGCCUUGAACUCACUGUGUAGGUGGAUAGGCUUUCAACUGCUGCUCUUCCCACCUCUGCUUCCAGGCUGCUAGAUUAUAGCUUGCUCAGCUUACGCCAUGCUGGAGACUGAAUCCAGGGUUUGUGCGCGUGAGGCAAGCUCUCUACCAACUGAGCCACAGCCCAAACACUAGUGCUUCAUAUGUACAGGGUUUGCUGUGCUAACAUGACUCUCUAUGAGUCUAUUUUCAUUAUGGUACAUUUCUGUCUUACAAUUGUUCUAAUGAAACACACACACACACCAAAAAUCUGUGUAUAAUCUUUCUCAGAUUACCAGAGAAAGCAAUGAAGAUCUUGGUUGAUAUUAAAGAUCUCAGUUCUGGGGGCUGGAGAUGACUCAGCAGUUAAGAGCAGUUGCUCCUCUUGUCAAGGAUUCAAGUUUAUCCCCCAGCACCAUAGAGCUGCUCACAACCACCUGUACUCAGGUUCAAGGGGUUCUGACGUCUUCUUCAACCUCCCAGGCACCAGUCACACACAUGAUACACAUACAUACAGGCAAAACACUCAAAACAUAAAAUAAAUGUUUUUAAAAGACUUCAGUUUCUGAGAGCCAAAAUAAUUGCAGUCAAUUGGGAAAAACAGAUUUUACUUUGUAUAGGGUCUUGAUGCUUUGUUUGUAGUUUGGACCCCUUCCAAAAAUCCUUACUUUUUAAAAUUCUGCAUUACAGGGCCAUUCCAGGGCUAAACAAUAAGCGGUUUUAUGCUUGCCUAUAUCCAGAGAUUUAGAAAUCAACCACCACACCAAAACAAACUUGUGGAAAUAGGCGAAACUCAAUGCCAAGAAUCACAUUUAUAGUUAUGUAAAAAUGUUUCUCAUGUAUAUUAGCUUCUUGCUAUAUUUGUAUUUGGUUUUACGUUUUUAUUAUAUAUUACAAUUAUUUUUACUUUAUUUGUGUCUAUUACUUUAUUGUGUCUGUUGCAAAUAAGAUAAAAUUUUGAGCAUCUUGUUGAAUGGCUCUUAUUUGUCUGGUUUACUGACCAAUUUUCACUCUCUGUUUCCAAACUGCUAUGAUCUGCUUUUAUUCUGGACAUGCUAAUAUAUGACUAUUUGCUGAUAAUUAUAAAUAAUCAAUAAAAAGAUUUAAAGAUG